AUGCUAAUGCCUCAGUUUGAGUUUUUGCGUGGUGCAGAGUGCCCCAUUUGCAUUGAGUCGCUGUUGAGUAACGCACCCGCAGCAACGCCAUCGUCAACGGACGUGGGUGCAAGUGGUGAUCUGAACCAAGUAGGUGAUGAAGUCAACUUUCCCAUGCGAGUUUGGCCAAACGGCGCGUUUGGGUGGGUCGGCAACAUGCCAGACGCCUUUGUGGCGGCGGUAAGUUUGUACCGUUUGGGUGCUGGUAGAGCAAGGUUGGCAGCGAGUUCAUCCGAGACGUCAGGAGCCCUGGAGGGAAUCGCAGUGCUUCCAUGUGGGCACUUACUUCACUUUACGUGCGCAAUGCAGCUGUACGAGUACAAGACUGGUGCACAGUGCCCCAUCUGCCGUCAUCCCUUGAAGAGGAAAUCUGAUAUUCUGUGCUUCCACCCACAGUGUAGGCGAAGAGCUGGGCAACAGCAAGGAGAAGUCGUUGUCGACAUGAAUAAUGCUGGUAGUAGUGAGACUGAUGUUGCGCAUGAUGUAGACGAUGAGGUGUGCAUUACUGGCCAAAGGCAGUGCCCACCGACUGAAGCUUAUGUGGAUAGAUUAAAGCGCGAAGUAAAGGAUUUGAUGAAGCGGUGUAGAAAUCUCAAUAGUCGCGAACUCAACCUUGCAAACAGUCAGCAGCAGUUGGAGGAUCAGUGCAUUAAAUUACAAGAUUCCCUGGGAAGAGCCCAGAAUCGGUACAAUGCACUAACGCAGAAUGGGACGGUGGGGGUUGAGCGGCUGCAGAAACUUCGAACUGUUGCACUCGAGACAUACAACUCUGUGGAGUCACUGACUAGAGAACUUGCGGAUGCCACGCGUGAAAAGGCGCGACAGCACGGAAGAAUUGCGCAUUAUGCCCAAAAGUUGGACCACUGCCGCAAGCGAUGUGGCGCUGGUGAUACUGACUGCCGUGCCCCCUUUGAAACGGGUAAGCCGGGGAAACCUGACGAUUUUACAAAAGUUCACGAGGAAGCAUUGCAUCCAAAGAAGAAACCGAGAUUAUAG